UUCUGCAUCUGAAUCCUCCUUGUUGAUAUGAACAUCAUCUUUUCUCGCAUAGCACUUUAAGACCAGAAGAGGUCGCUAUAAUUGCAUGCAAGCGUAACCUCCAUUGUCUUUUGAGUCUACUGAAAUUGUAUUGCAGUUACAAUUUCUUGAGUUUAUAAUACGAGAAGAGUUGAAAUAUACUGAGCCACUGAACAUAAUUUGGCACAGAUGCCACCUAGAACAGCUCGACGAUGUAAACAAUCUAAAAAACUAAAAUGACAAAAUAAGCAAAAAAUUACAGAAGUGCAAUUGAUGCUUUAAAGGAAUAUUCUGGGUUCAAUACAAGUUAAGCUCAAUCGACAGCAUCUGUGGCAUUAUAUUGCUUACCACAAAUAUUUAUUUCAACUGGUCCCUCCUUCAAAAAAAGCAAAAAUCUGGGUUCCAGUGAGGCACUUAUAACGGAAGUGAAUGGGGGCCAAUCUGUAAACAUUAAAAUACUCACUGUUUCAAAAGUUUAGCCACAAAACAUAAACAAUAUGUGUGUAAACAUGAUUUUAGUGUAAUAAGAUCACUUACUAUUACUAACCUUUUCUGUGUAAAGUUAUAGCCAAUUUUACAACUUUGUUGCCAUGACGAUGUAAUGUAAACAAACCCUAAAAUGUCUGUGAAAAUGUCAAUUUUAAUGACAUCUUUACAGCUCAAAUAAUACACAAGUUUUCACAUAAGAAUUAAUGUAAGUACUUUUAUAAAAUUAUAAGCUUCACAUUUCUGCCUUUAAAACCUCCAAAAAAUUAUACAUUCACUUCCAUUGUAAGUGCCUGACUGUAACCUCGAUUUUUGCUUUAUUUAAAGAAAAGGGGGAACUAGUCGAAAUAAAUUCGUGUUUAGGCCUACUGUAAAAUACAUUUUACUAAUCGUUUUAUAGAGGUACUAAAAAGUUAUUUUCGACAAAUACGAUGAAAUAUUUUAGUGCAAAAAAUAUAUAUUUACUACAGAAAUUCGUAUUUCUUUCAAGAUUUGAUCAAGGUCCCUGGUAUUUUCAGGGUUGAACUAUGUGCUUUAGUAUCCAUGCAUUUGCCUCCAUUUUUCUAUCUAGACUCCUUAACAGGUGUCUCCGAUUUGCGAGCCGUCGUGCACUAAUUGUAAACACAAGAACUUUAUUGUUCAUGCUCGCUAGAGAAGCCGGAUUUUUGUUUCACACUACAGCGGUGUGGGCAAAAGCGUCUAGUCCAAUGGCGUUUAAAGAGAAACAAACCCUGACGUGUUUUCUUUUUAUUUGGCUUAGCUGUAUUGACGUUUGUAGUUUUGUGGUAUUUGAAAGGGAGAAAAGUUUAAAUUCAGUCGGGUCUUUUAACAAGAAUGCACGAGGAAGGGAGUCAUUUGCGCGAGAGGGUGAACAUUUUAAAUCUGGAGCACAAAUUGGACGCCUUCUCAUUUCGCAAGACCGAACUCGAAUUGAAAGUGGUGAUGGCGACAGCCCUUCUUCUGACCUCAGUUCUCUGAUUCAACUCAACAUCGACGAGAGCUCAUAUCAGCCAGAUGAUGCAGGCUGGAUAAAGCUGCAACCUCUUUGGGGGCAGGUAUAUGGCCAGAAUGCCAUGUAUACUCCAGCAGUAGAAAGGCUACUUGGAAUGAAACCUAAGGUGGAUUGUGUUGGAGAUUUGAUGAAACUGACCGUUCAUGGUAGAGAGGCUGCCUUUGGGUCCAACGUUCUAAUUGACAGAGGAGGCAUCCCACCUCUUCCAUUGUCCCAGUUACCCUCAGAAUGUGGUCAUUCAUUAAUGAGAACGUGGAGGGACUUGAUUUUCAUUAUACCAAAUCAUGGAUGUUAUGUAUCACAAGAGAGAGACACUUUUGUUCUUCCGUUACUUUGGUGGGGAUUGCCUGUUAAGAUGUCUUGUUCCUCACCAACCUUGGCACAAAGCAAUCCAACUGCCUCCUGCUACACUAAUGGCAUGACUGUGAAGUUACAAAGAGGAGUCACUGAGAACCUGAAGAUCAAAGUUAUGAAUGAAUGGCAACCUUUACUUAAAGCAUCAGCUAAAUGUGGAUACAGUCUGGUGUCACAUCCAGAAGGUAUGGUCAUCCAUGCCCCAUUUAUGCCAUGCACCGAGGCAAAGGAUGGGAUGUUUACCCUCAUUUUGGCAACAGAGAACAAGUUUAAUCUGUCCUGCCCAGCGUUGUCACUUAGACUUCCUAAUAAUUUGUCUGAUCUUGCAUCUAAAAAUGAUGCAUCUAGUUCUCCUGUAGCUGUUCCAGUCUCAUCGACUCUCUCUCCCACCACCAGUACUACUGUUGCAACCACUCAGCCAUUACAGACUCCUACUACUACACAAACAUCUCUGAAAACAUCCAUGAGUUCAACCAUGCAGAAGUUGCCUACUCCCCACCCUUAUCGCAUUCCUGGCCAGUCAUAUUUUGGUCCUGUUCCUCCUAAUUUCCCUUUUGUACUUUUUCAUCCAAAUGUGCCACCAACCGUUGUUCCUCAAGAUCCCCCAUCUGCUAUUACCCAGAGACCACAUGCACCUGUUUACCCCAAACCUCCUCAAACUUGGUACCCUUGGUACCCUAAGCCCAACUUGGUUCUCAACCCUGACCCCACUCAAAGUUCAGCUGUACCGCAGUAUCCAAGCAAUCCUUUGUUGCCCACUACCACUGCUCUUAAAACCCUUCUCAGUCCCCUGAUUUUCCAAUUCAAACCUACAAGUAUUCCUCCUCAAGAUAAGGUGAUUUCUACUACACCCAUGACCCAUCCUGUGCAAUGGGCACCUAAGUUUCCUCCAAGCAAUUUGGUGUAUCCUUUAUAUCCAGGAAAACCUGGAUCUUUUGCUCCCUCCUCAGAAGUCUUUGCUCAUGUCCCUCACUGGCCUCAUCCCUCCCAAACCCAACCAAGGCCUGAUGUUCCCCCUAGAUUGAAACCCACUGAACCACAGGACAUGCCUAAAUGGGAGUCUGUACCACCUAUACUUGCCACUACAAACAUGGUAGAACCACCUCAGCUCUUCAACUGUCCAUGGUACAAACCCAUCCCACCAAAUCGUUCAGAAAUGCCAUCUGUUCCUACAAAAUCCCCAGAGGUUACAACGGUCUCCACCCCUGAAACUACUCUUUCUAAUCCAAUAACGUAUUCAGAAAUUUCUGAAGAAGCAGCAAAGCCACACCCUUCCAAACACCCCUAUCAUUCAGUUAUUAAGGGUCCUCCUAUGAAGAUACACUUUAUCCCACACUCUUAUUCUGCCCCAAAGAAAACUCCCCACACUGCAGUUAAUUUCCCUCAUGCACAUUCUUUUCACUGUCCUACUUGCUGCCCUUCAAUAUCCUACCACCACCACAACCAUCACCAUUUUGGUCAUCCUUUUCCUGCAUCUUUUUUUGGCACUUCAAGUCUGACCGAAAUUACAGCCCAAAUGCCAUCUCCUUUUACAUACGCCAGUUCAUCCUAUGCCCCAUUUCCUCUUAUUCAGGGCAUGGGUUAUAAUUAUGGCCCAUAUUCCCCCUCGCAUUCUUCAAAUGGUGCUGCUCCACCACCUAAUCAUGCAGCAAUGCAAUAUUUAGAACCCACUGAAGGUCCUCUCAAGCCUACUCAUGCCCCUGAUACUUCAAAAGUUUUGACAAGACCUACAAUGUGUCCUCACAUUUUUAGAACACUGGCAUCAGCUACUGUCUCUCCACGGUCUGCAAUGAAACCUGCAGAUACAGCUCCUGUUAUACACUCUUGGGGGCCAUCCAAGCUGCAUUCUACGUCCUCCCAAAAUGCACCAAUUGCUGAACCUGCAGUUUACCAGCCUGAGAUGCAACAGUAUGUUCCCCAGUGGGAUGCUCGAAACAACGUUGGACCACUUUCUCAACAGAUGGAACAUCUACUUUCUUCAAUACCCCCAGCUCAUGCCAAACAUUUGACAAAUUACUGGUAUCAAGCUGCUCAUUCAAAUGCAAGGCCCCCCAUGUCUGAUGAUCCUGGAAAAAUCUCUCACGAAGAAUCAAUGCAUCGCGUUACCACUCCUCAGCCUUCAGAUUAUGACCAUAAUCCACUUAAGCAGUCAACCAUGUCCUCUCAACCCAAGCAAACUCAUGACGUGAACCCUUCAGAGCCGCUGAAUGUUCAUUCCCCAAUGCCCAGAGGCCCAGAAUCAUUUGAUACAUACUGGGUCCAUGCCGUUCAGUCAAACUAGAAAGCAACAUUGUUUUCCGACUAUUACCCUGCUGGUAAAUGGACUAUUUCCCUUUGUGAAACAAAAAAUAAUUAAAAAUGGCACUGAAUAAUCACUGCUGAUUGUUUUCUUUUAAGGUUAUUAGAGGGGUCCCCUCCAGUUUAGCCCAAGACAUGUGAAAAGACAGAAAUAACACUAACCUAUAAUAAAAGUAUAUAUGUGGAGAACAUCUUUACAGACUUUUCUUUAACAAAUGCCUGUUAAUUUGUUGACUUGAGUCCUCAUUGUUUAGGCCAAUUGGCCUGGCUUGCAUCUUUUAUAUUUUUUGGUUUCUCUUUGCGUGCAUUUAUGUCCAGCUUGUCCAAAUAUUUGAAUUUGUCAUCCCCCACAUUCUGUUGAUUGUAUUGUAAUAUGUUUUGUUUAAUAGUGUCUCAGUCCUACCCUACAGUGCUUCUUCAGCCUGGUGGUCAGUUUUGGUUUUGCUUUUACACAUCCACUUUGUUAAAGCACCUUCAUAUGUGACAAUUACACACACAAUAUUCAGCUUAUUAAUGUUUUCAAAGUUGCACCAUUUGGAAUUUGUCAUACCACACUGGUGGAACCAUCUGGAGAACAUCUAAGCCCCUUUUAAAGGAGCCUAAAAUAUCCUAUUGUGUUCUCAAGGAAUUUGAAUAUAUUUAAAGCGCCUCGAAGCAUUUUUCCUUUAAUCCCAAAAUGGUGACUCUGGGAUAUUUUAAUUUCUACAAUGUACAGUUAAGUGGUUAGUGAGAACUUUAGUUGAGUACUUGCUGGUUACAGAUUACGACCAGAUCAGAAUUCUUCACCAGGUAGAUUGGCACAAGAAACGGACAUGUUGACUGUAUAAUGUUACAUUAUUAGACAUUAUAAGAACACUAGACAUGAUAUUUACUUUAUUUCUUAUGUAUUUUCUCCACCCUUUUUUUGAUUGCCUGAUGUUUAUCACUUUCCCAUUGUAAUUUUGCUAGCAAAUCCAAAUGAACAGUUAUAGGUAAUUGCCAAAAGUCAGUGUGAUUGUGUAAAUAAAGUGGGUGUUCCAUUGGAAUUUAGUUGGGCUAGUGCUUUUGAACUUCGACUAUGUGAGAUUAAAAAAUAGAGCUUAAACUAAAUCUCCAAACUUUGAUUUAGGGCGUUUGCAUUGAUUUCAUUUGUCAAGAGAAAUAAAACUCUUAAUACUUUACAAAUGGUGUCAUUGACCAUGCUUUGAAAACUGUCCUGCCUGUCCUAAAAAAAGCAUACUGCCUGAUGUACAUUAUGUAUCUUGUACAAACAGUUGAAAACAUGUAGAAGAAUGUCACAGUUGACCCCUUGCUAUGCUCGCCCACCUUGGUUACUGGUUACUGUUGUCAUUUUCAUUCAUCCAUCCAAAAAGCAUCUGAAAGAGGCAAUUCAAACCUGCUUGUGGUUAAUGCAAUGCCACAGGUGAAGGAAGUUGUUCAAAUGUGGCCAAAAUAUAGAUGAAAUCCAAAUUGUUUAAACAUCUUAAAAUGGAACUGUACUGUAGGAUCAGAUAUACAUUUAUCUUAAUGAAGGAGUGGAGGAUGGAGUUGCUGUACACAUGAGUGAGCAGAUUUUAGUGUUUGAUUGAAUGGGCCAUUGGGUUGGUGAUUAGAAAGAUUAAAACGCAUCGAUACUUGUCAAGACUUUUCUGAUUUAUCAGGGAGAGAUCAUCUUUGCAUGGGAGCAUAAUUAGAAGCCAAAAACCUAAUG